UUUCUCCAGCGUCCGUCACGUGCGCCGCACUGUCAAUCAAACCCCCGCGCCAUGACACGCAUUCACAGGUGAUAUCUAUUAGCUUACCUCACGUCCCAUCAGGUGUCGCGUCUGUACACCAUUAAACGCUUUCCGUCCUGUUUGGAGAUAUUUUUGAGGGGGAGGGUUUUCGCCGAGGUGCAGUGUUCGCGCUGCAGAUGCCAUGUUGGAGCAGUGAGCAUGGCGGACAAUCAUCUGGAGUACGGCUACCUGGAGGAGGGCGAGUGUGUCGGGGAGCAUUUCACCGAGGACCCGGAGCUGGCGGCAAUUAAGGCCCGGGUUCACGAGCUGGAGAUGGAAGAGGAGUCGGGGAGACUACACGACGACGACGAGCGAUGUGACGUGUCCGAGAUGCAGCUACUGACCAGUACCCCCCGUCCUGGCCCUUUCUACAACAUGACUCCUGAAGAGAGAAUAGAUGCAGACAACCGAUCGGUGUAUGUAGGAAAUGUAGACUAUGGAGCGACUGCAGAUGAGUUGGAAAUCCAUUUCAACGGCUGUGGACCCGUGAACAGAGUCACCAUCCUGUGUGACCGCUUCUCUGGCCAUCCCAAAGGCUUUGCUUACAUCGAGUUUUCUGAUAGAGACUCCGUGCAGAGUGCCAUUGGUUUGCAUGAGACCUUGUUCAGAGGGAGAGUCCUUAAGGUAAUGCCAAAAAGGACCAAUAUGCCAGGCAUCAGCACCACAGACAGGGGAGGACACUCCAGAGGAGGAGGAGGACACUCCAGAGGCAGAGGUAGAGGUUAUCGCCCCCCCAGGUAUCAGAGCAGCUCGCGAGGCCGAUUCCGAUACCAGUCGACCAGGCCGCAACAUCAAACGCCCCACCCUUAUUACGGAGGCCCGACAGUGGGGAAGAGACAGUGGGGGCACAUGGACUACCACGAACAGAUGCCUAAACGUUAUCCAUGUCUUCUGCUCAUCACGCCGCCAUCCGAGGAGUUGGGGGAAGCGUCGAGUGGACAACACUACGCCCAACAGCGCUAACACUACCCACAGUCUACAUCCCGAGUGGGUGAAUGGAAAUAAUUUUAACAAUUGUUUCUAGGCGUUACUGAGUGGAGUGUGCGUGUGUGUAUAUGUACAGAAUGGGGAAGUUUCACCCAUGCAUCAGUCUUGAGUUAGACACAAUGUAAAGAACAAGGGCUUGGGAGCACAGAUUGUUGGCAUUAUAAGCUUAAGUUGCUGUGGAUGCAUGGACAGACCUCAAAUCAUGAUGCCGUUGCAUUUCUUGAUGUUUUUACAAACUGAAUGUUUAGUGUCGCUGCUUGCAAUGUUAAGUAUCACGCCUUCGUAUGUAUAACUUUUUUUUUUCUUUGGCUAUGUUAAGUGAAUAAAUAAAACAAAUAUCUGGUA